AUGGUGUUUAUAAACCAGGAUCUGAGUGUUAAGUAUGCUCAUUGCUACUGGAAUUUCACUGCUUCUGGGACUUUAAGGUCGGAAAUAACCAGAUGUCGUGAAAAAAUUAAGAAAGCAACGGAGGAGCUGAAUGAAGAGAAAAUCAAGCUGGAAUCUAAGGAGGCUAUAAAGAAACAAAUGAUAGAGGAGGAAGACAAAUUUAUUAAGGAAAUUACAGACUUUAAUAAUGAGUAUGAAAUAACAAAGAAAAGAGAGCUUUUGAUGAAAGAAAAUGUCAAGAUUGAAAUAUCUGACUUAGAAAACCAAGCAAACAUUUUGAAAUGUGAAAUGAAGUCAAUGGAACAUGAUAGCAGCCAGUUAAAUGAACUUCAAAAACAAAAGAGUGAAUUGAUACAAGAAUUAUUUACUCUCCAAAGAAAACUUAAAGUUUUUGAAGAUGAAGAGAAUAAAUCCAUUUGUACUACCAAAUAUCUAGAGGCAGAAAAAAUAAAAAUCAAUGAAAAGCCUCAAAAUGAUGCAGAAUGCUUAAGACUUAAAAAAGAAUUAGAACUUUAUAAGGAAGAUGACAUGGAAAGUGUUUAUGAAGCGCUCCAAACAGAAAUAGAAUUUUUGGAGUUGACAUUGGCACAGAAAGAUCUUCAGGAAAGCAAAUAACUUACAGAGAAUUGAUCAGGCAUCUGAGAUUUGAUCAGAACAUCUGAGAAUCAAAUCUUUGUGAUGGAUAUAUGAAUGGAUGAAGGUGGCAGUGGAAUAACGCUGGCAAAAGAGCACCCCAAAUGCAAUUUCUGUAUAAAUGGUUUAGUUCCUUGCUUUAGAGUGGCACUUGGCAUCCUGUAAAACCUCAUCCUGUAAAAAGGAAGAGUUGUAUUUAACACCUUGUCCCACAUAAAAUAAUAAAAAAUACACAACUGAUAAAUGAGAAAGCACACUAAAAUAUUAGCAGUGUUAAUAUUUUAUUCACCUUGGAGAGGUGAAAUCAUUGAUUUUUUUCAUUAUAAUUUUAAUCUUUU